AUGUCGCCGACGGUGGUGCGGGAAAAGUAUACGGUUCUUGAUCAAUAUCACUCCCAACGCGCAAAGAUUCGGGUGGUAUGUGCGGGCGCCGGGGUGACGGGUCUUUACCUGGCAUAUCGCAUGCAGAAGGUCAUGAGAAAUUUUGAACUUCAAGUCUAUGAGAAAAAUCCCCAGUGUGGUGGGACUUGGUUUGAGAACAAUUAUCCAGGUUGUGCCUGUGAUGUGCCCUCGCACAACUAUACCUACACUUUCCGACCGAACCCUCGCUUUAGCAGUUACUACGCCGGCUCGGCAGAGCUGCUUGCGUAUUUCAAAGAUUUCAAGGACGAAUUUGGGCUGGACAAGUUUAUUGAAUACGAGUCCAAGGUCACAAAGGCCGUCUACGAUGAAGAAAAUGGCACUUGGUCCCUGGAUAUUACACGUGCGAAUGGCGAAACCCACAAGGACUGGUGCCAUGUGUUCAUCAAUGCUACCGGCAUCUUGAAUCGGUGGAGAUGGCCUGACAUUCCCGGACGAGAAAAGUAUACCGGCACCAUCUUGCAUUCGGCGGCUUGGGACACGAGCGCGGAUUGGAAAGGGAAAAAGGUUGCCAUCAUUGGUACUGGCAGUUCGGCAAUCCAGAUCACGCCAAAGGUGCAGCAAGGUGCCGAACAUCUUACCAUCUUUGUCCGCUCUCCGACGUGGAUAGCUCCUCAGCUUGGAGGCCUGGUCUCCCUGGAUGCGGAUCCUGUUCACGAAGGUGACACCCCGGUCAACCAGAUUCUGCUCCGAGGCGCACGGCCAUUUGAAUUCACCGAAGCAGACAAGAAGAAUUUUGAAGAACACCCAGAACUCCUCCUACACCUGCGUCGCAAGAUGGAACUCUUGAUCUGUAACAAUGUCGACAACUUUCGGGUGGGAACUUCUGUACAGAAGCAGACUGAAGAAUACAUCCGCGCCGCCAUGACUGCUAAACUCGAGGGCUUUGACGAGCUUCAGAGAAAGAUGAUCCCGGAUUUCCCGAGCGGAUGUCGGAGAUAUACUCCAGGGGAAGGAUAUCUUGAAAGCCUGUGCAAGGAAAACGUUUCCACCGUCUUCGACACAAUUACAGAAUUCACCGAAAAAGGAAUGAAGACCGAGGAUGGACAGGAGCGUGAAUUUGACAUGAUCAUUUGCGCGACAGGGUUUGACGUGGCUUUUACACCGUUUAUCGACAUCAUUGGCAGACAUGGCAUCAACAUCAGAGAUUUGUGGAAGGACGAGCCAAAUGCCUACUUGGGUAUCGCUGCCCCUGGCUUCCCGAACUACUUUGUCGCUCUUGGACCUCGAGGACCUUGGGGCAAUGGAUCAAUCAUUCCAGCCAUGGAAAUCAACUCAGAUUACUUUAUUACGAUGAUGGAAAAGAUGCAGAAGCAAAACAUAAAAUCCUUUGACGUGAAACAACAAGCAGCCGAUGACUUUUGCGAGCAUGUGGACGAGUGGCACAAGGGAUCCGUGUGGGGACAAGCAUGUCGGAGUUGGUACAAGAAGACCAGAGAUCCAUUCUCGAAGCCAUUGUUGUGGUGCGGAAUGUCGCCUUCGUAUUACAAGACCAUGAAGGACGUGAGAUUCGAAGACUACGACUGGGAAUACAAAAACCGAAACCGCUUUGCAUACCUUGGAAACGGCAAAAUUGAAGCUGAUACCUACGAACCCAAGGAGAGGAUGGAAGCCAUCACCACGUACAUUCGCAAUGGGGAUACACCAUGGACGCUUGAGUAG